AUCGCCACUUAACACAGUGAAAUUUAAACACAUUUGAGGUUAGGAUUUCCGUUGUCAGGAUUGUUAGAAAUCUGUUACAAUUUAUACCACGUGUUCCGGAUUUUUAGUACGUGAUAUAGUAGUUUUUACGAAGAUAUUUUGGGAGAAUAUAAUUUCAUAAAAUAUAUAAAAACAAAAUGGGAAAAUCAUUGCGUAGUAAAUGGAAGAGGAAGUGCAGAGCAAUUAAAAGGGAACGCUAUGGAGUAAAAGAAUUAGAAAGAUUAAAAAAGACAUUAGGUAUUGAUGAGAAUGGGAUACCAGAUGUUGAAAUGUCAGAAAUAUCAAAAAUUGCUACAGUUGUUGAUGCCAAGACAAUAAAGGAAAAUGAAAAAGCCAACGAUGACACCAAAGCAGAUGAUGAAAAAAUGGAUCUGGACACUGAUAAAAGGAUAUAUAAUAAAAAAACAAUGUUGGAUCAGUAUGGAAAUUAUCCUCCAUGGAUGAACAAACGAAAGAUUAUGAAGAUCAAGAAGGGUAGACCAAAAAGGCAAAAGGGAAACAUAAAGCCACAUAAGAGGUUAACAAGGAGACAGAAGAAGGCAAUGAAGCAAAAGUAAAUCUUCUAUAUAACAUUGAUAGCAUUGAUUAAUACUGUUCUUUACUUUUGUAUUAGUAAGUAACAAAAGUAAAUUGUAUUAUUAUAGUAAAAUGUUAUAUUAAUUA